AUGGUCGACGUGGACGUGGCGUUCGCCGACAGGCUCGCGCGGGAGGGAUGGGGUCUUUACGCCUUGGGCAUGACUUUUCUCCUGCUCAGAAUGCUGGGGGGCGUGUUCUACUACCAGGUCGACGACUAUCUCGAGAUCCUCGCCGCUUUCUUCUUCACCGUCCUCCUCGUAACCCUCAACAUGGUCGUCGACAAGGGCGGCUCGAACCUCUUUACGCCCGAGCAGUUCUCCACCUUCACCCCGAAGGACAUCAAGGCGCGCGUCGCCGGGUCCAAGAUCGUCCUCGUGUCGGAGCAGGCGAUGCUGAACGUCAUCUAUGUCCUCAAGGCGUGCGUGCUGAUCCUCUACACGCGGCUCACCCUCGACCUCGCGGCGCAGCGCUUCGUCCGCUACCUCGCCGUCUACGUCGCCGUCGGUUGGGCGGCGACCCAGAUCACAAUGUUCGCGGCCUGCCGGCCCUUCUCCGGGUACUGGGCCGUGCCGCCGCCGGACCCGCAGUGCGCCACGCUCGAGCGGUACGCCAUCCUGCAGGGCUUCUUCAACAUCACGUCCGACGUGCUCAUGCUGCUCGUGCCGCUGCCGCUCGUGUCCCGCAUGCGCAUCUCCUGGCGGCAGAAGGCGGUGCUCGUCUUCAUAUUCAGCCUGGGCCUCUGCGUCGUCGUCGCGGCGCUGCUCACCAAGAUCUUCAACCUGCGGGACCCGUACAGCCCCGAGUACAUGCUGUGGUACGUCCGCGAGGCAUCCGUCGCCAUGUGCGUGUCGAACCUGCCGCUCGUGUGGCCGCUGCUGCGCGAGUGGUUCCCGUGGCUGCGCAGCAUGAGCGCCCCGGGCUUGCUGCCGACGCCGCAGUCGGCCAGGCGGACCAAGGCGGUCAGCGGGUCCACGUUGGACGCGGCGACGCAGCUGGGCGGCGGCGGCGGCGGCGGCGGCGGCGGCGGCAGCCAGCUUCCGAGGCCGGCGAUGACGACAGGGAGAAGGAACACGCUUGACGGGUUCCGUCACUGGCUGAACGCGGCGGACCUCGAGCUCCAGCGGCCGUCGAGCUGCGAGCCGUCGCCCUCGAGCAAGCAGUUCAUCCUGAGCGGGCAGGUGGACGGGCUCGAGAGCUCGUCGGGGGAGAGGAGCCGGAAGCAGCAGCGCUCGUCCCUUCCAGACACCUUCUUCCAGAGCUGGAACGGCGCCGGGCCGAACCCGCGAAGGCAGACGAUGGAGCUGGACCUCGAACAGGGGGGGCUGUAUAGUUGCUUCGGCCCGGGGCAGGGUUUGUACCCGGAGCCGAAGAUGCCGGAUGCGAGUGCGACUAAGUGA